CCGGGCCGCCAUGGCGCCGCCGCCGCGCUGACCGCGCCGCGCCGCCAUGGCCGGGGCCAUCGCGUCCCGCAUGAGCUUCAGCUCCCUCAAGCGCAAGCAGCCCAAGACCUUCACCGUGCGCAUCGCCACCAUGGACGCCGAGAUGGAGUUCAGCUGCGAGGUGAAGUGGAAAGGGAAGGACCUGUUUGAUCUGGUGUGCAGGACACUGGGACUCCGGGAGACCUGGUUCUUCGGGCUCCAGUACACGAUCAAGGACACGGUGGCUUGGCUCAAAAUGGACAAGAAGGUCCUGGAUCAUGAUGUCCCCACAGAGGAGCCCAAAACCUUUCACUUCCUGGCCAAAUUUUAUCCUGAGAACGCAGAGGAGGAACUGGUCCAGGAAAUCACCCAGCACUUGUUCUUCCUGCAGGUGAAGAAGCAGAUUUUGGAUGAGAAGAUCUUCUGUCCUCCUGAAGCCUCUGUCCUGCUGGCCUCUUAUGCUGUCCAAGCCAAGUACGGUGACUACGAUCCCAACGUCCACAAGAGAGGCUUCCUGGCACAGGAGGAAUUGCUUCCCAAGCGGGUAAUAAACCUGUACCAGAUGACUCCAGAGAUGUGGGAGGAAAGGAUAACAGCCUGGUACGCCGAGCACCGGGGCAGAGCGAGAGAUGAAGCUGAAAUGGAGUAUCUGAAGAUAGCCCAGGACCUGGAGAUGUAUGGCGUGAACUAUUUUGCCAUCAGGAAUAAAAAAGGCACAGAGCUGCUCCUUGGAGUUGAUGCCUUGGGUCUUCACAUUUACGACCCGGACAACAGGUUGACCCCUAAAAUCUCCUUCCCGUGGAAUGAGAUCCGGAAUAUCUCCUACAGCGAUAAAGAGUUUACGAUUAAGCCAUUGGACAAAAAGAUUGAUGUUUUUAAAUUCAAUUCAUCAAAGCUGCGUGUGAAUAAGCUGAUUCUUCAGCUGUGCAUUGGCAACCACGACCUCUUCAUGAGGAGGAGGAAGGCAGACUCGUUGGAGGUCCAACAGAUGAAAGCACAGGCCAGGGAGGAGAAGGCCAGGAAGCAGAUGGAACGGCAGCGCCUGGCACGAGAGAAGCAGAUGAGAGAAGAGGCUGAGAGGACCAGGGAUGAGCUGGAGAGGAGGCUGAUGCAGCUGAAGGAGGAGGCAACGAUGGCCAACGAGGCUCUGAUGAGGUCGGAGGAGACGGCGGAUUUGCUGGCGGAGAAGGCGCAGAUCACGGAGGAGGAGGCCAAGCUGCUGGCUCAGAAGGCGGCCGAGGCCGAGCAGGAGAUGCAGCGCAUCAAGGCCACGGCCAUCCGGACCGAGGAGGAGAAGCGGCUGAUGGAGCAGAAGGUGCUGGAGGCAGAGAUGUUGGCACUGAAAAUGGCUGAGGAGUCGGAGAGGAGGGCGAAGGAGGCUGAUCAGCUCAAGCAGGACCUGCAGGAGGCUCGUGAGUCAGAGCGCAGAGCGAAGCAGAAGCUCUUGGAGAUCACCAGCAAGUCUUCCUACACACAGUCCAUGAACUCGAGUACCACAGCACUGCCCACUGACCUGCCAAGCUUCAACCUCAUCAGCGAGAGCCUCUCCUUCGACUUCAAGGAUACAGACAUGAAGAGGCUGUCCAUGGAAAUCGAGAAGGAGAAGGUGGAGUACAUGGAGAAGAGCAAGCACCUGCAGGAGCAGCUCAACGAGCUGAAGACAGAAAUCGAGGCACUGAAGCUCAAGGAGAGAGAGACAGCUCUGGAUAUUUUGCACAACGAGAACUCCAGCCGGGGCAACAGCAAGCACAGCACUAUUAAAAAGCCUCAAGCCCAGGGCAGAAGACCUAUCUGCAUUUGAGCAUUCCGACUCACUCUACAGAGCACCAAGUCCCGCGUGGCCUUCUUCGAGGAGCUCUAGGAGACAACUGCUCCGCACCGCUGCUGCUUCCCGAGGCUCCCGCCCAGCCGGAGCCUGUCCCGGAGCCGGGGGCUGCCAGAGGGAUCACUCCGGACCCAGCCAGCUGCUCCAGCCUCUGCACACCGAUGGACUCGGGGCCGGCUGCCCAUGGACUGUGUGAUGCUCUCUAGCUCAGCAUCCGUUCAUCCUCCUCCUCCUGACACUUUGUUUUCCUGGGUUUUCCAGCUUUUUUCCUUAUUUUUCUAGCUUUGCUUCCAGGCUCGGCCCUCCAGGCUUUUCCCUGGAGCCGGGGGUCGGGGCUGUGGCCGUGCCUUCCCACCCUGGCAGCCAGCAGAGGAGUGUGCCCGAGGGGCUCCCUGGCAGGGAUGACAUCCCUCUGGAUUGCCUUCUCCUGUGGGCUCGGAGCUGUGUGCCAGCCUGGAAUUCCGUGUGCCGGCCCUGGAGCCCUGCUCUGCUCCCGGAGCCCCUUGUGCCAGCCUGGAAUUCCGUGUGCCGGCCCUGGAGCCCUGCUCUGCUCCCGGAGCCCCUUGUGCCAGCCUGGAAUUCCGUGUGCCGGCCCUGGAGCCCUGCUCUGCUCCCGGAGCCCCUUGUGCCAGCCUGGAAAUCCGUGUGCCGGCCCUGGAGCCCUGCUCUGCUCCCGGAGCCCGGCGCGUGCGGCGGUGCCGGGAGCUCCAUUAGGAUCCCGAGCAUGUUCCAGUGGAGUGCUGUAAAUCAGGAGCGUCGCGCCGGCUCUCCCAGCGCCCGCUGGGGUGGGAGAGGAGCAGGGAGCGGGUUCCAGGGACCUGGGGCUGGGGGGAUCCUUGGCUGCUUCCCUGGGGAGAGGAGGUGGGAGGAAGGGCUCCUCCUCCUCCUCCUCCUCGCUGCUGGGCACAGGGAGCGGGAGAACAGCUAGUGCCAACCAAAUGAAACCUUCUUGUUCCUGCAAACUGUGACAAACCUGGGCAGCUUCAGGCUGGGGGGUCCGGGGGCACCGGGCUGGGCUUUCCCUGGAUCCCAGGGCAUCCCAGCCCCCUUCCCGGGCUGAGCCCGGGGCUGCCUGCUCCUGCCUGUCCCAUCGCGGGUGCCUUUGCUCUGACCCCCCCCCCGCUGGGGGAACAGGGAUGCCCUGACCUUCCGUUCCUGUCUCCGUCCCAAAUCCUGUCCCCCGCUCGGGUGGAAUCCUCUUCCAGCUGCAAUUUACCCUCCAGCAGAGCCGGUGCUGCCCUGAGGAUCCCCCACAUCCCCUCAGGACCCCCAGUUCCUCCUUCCCACAACCUCCCCGGACCCACAGCCCCACCACAGGCUCAGCCCGGGGCUUGGCGUGGAGUAAAUCCCAUCCCAACCCUUUUUAUUUAAACCCUGGGAUCAAUUCCCCACACGUGGCUGCAGUUCGGAUGGCUGUGGCCUGGCACAGCCACUUUCCCAUUCCCUGGACUGUUGUACUCCGAAGGAAUAACUGUUUUCUCCUGUUUUAAUAAAAAUUCACAGCACUAGGAGGGGA